GCACGCCCACCGCCGGGAGGAUGGGCUGCGGGCGGCGGCGCGGCAGCCCCUGAGCUCCCCGAAGCCGCGGAAACAAAAGGAGCGAGCAGCGGCAGCACCGGGCCGGGGUGGAUGCAAGCAACCAUGAAAGGCUGGGUCUCCGCCUCCUCCGCUGCUGCCAGAGAGCUGCCGGCUGCCGCUGCUCGGAGGACUAGCCUGUGAAGGGGGCGGAGGAGAGGCUAGCUGGGCUCGCCGUGCAAAGGUAGAAGGUGUAAGGGAGAGGCGGAAAGAAAAUGUCUUCUUCGGUGGGGCCCCGCGGCCCUCGCCCGCCCACGGUGCCCCCCCCGAUGCAGGAGCUGCCCGACCUGAGCCACCUAACAGAGGAGGAGAGGAACAUCAUCAUGGCAGUGAUGGACCGGCAGAAAGAGGAGGAAGAAAAAGAAGAGGCCAUGCUCAACUUGGAUACCUGUGGAAUUAGUGACCCUUCUAGACAUGAUUUCAAAACCGCUUCAGGGGAGAAAACUGCUUUCAGUUGGUCAGACGGUUCUGUCGUAAAACAAUGGAGGUUGCAUCAACAAUUUGAAAGCUAUAAAGAGCAAGUAAGAAAGAUAGGGGAAGAAGCCCGCCGUUACCAGGGAGAGCACAAGGAUGAUGCUCCAACAUGUGGAAUCUGUCAUAAAACAAAGUUUGCAGAUGGUUGUGGCCAUUUAUGCUCUUAUUGCCGGACCAAGUUCUGUGCUCGAUGUGGAGGUCGUGUCUCUCUGCGAUCAAACAAUGAGGACAAAGUGUACAGGAAUACUGUUCCUCCUCAUUGUGGAUCACAUUCAACAGUACCUGUAAGAGUUAUGUGGGUAUGCAAUUUAUGUCGAAAGCAACAAGAAAUCCUAACGAAAUCUGGAGCGUGGUUUUUUGGAAGUGGACCACAGCCCUCACCCAGUCAGGACGGAACGCUGAGUGAUACGGCGACUGGCGCCAGCUCGGAUGCACCGAGAGAGAAGAAAGCAAGACUUCAAGAGCGAUCGAGGUCACAGACUCCCUUAAGUACAGCAGCUGCCUCAUCACAGGAAAUCUCUUCUUCUAGUGUGCAGUCUGACCGUAGGAAAGGAGCAGAAGUGUCGCAGCCAGCUAUGGGCCCGGACCAAAAGCAAGCUUCAAGGUCUAGAAGUGAACCUCCAAAAGAGAGGAAGAAGGCAGUAUUGGUUUCUGACCAGAAUGGCAAAGGUGUAAAGAGUGAGCGUAAGCGUGUGCCAAAAUCCUCACUUCAGAAAGAAGGAGCAACAGAUGACAGGGAGCGUAAAGAGCGGCAUGAAGGUAGAAGGCUGGAGAAAGGCAAGUCACAGGAUUACCCAGACUUGCCAGAGAAACUUGAGGAAGGCCAAGUGCCUGAUGAUGAAAAACAAAGGAAGGAAGAUGAAUAUCAUACCCGUUACAGGAGUGACCCCAAUCUGGCAAGAUAUCCUGUAAAACCACACCCUGAGGAGCAGCAGAUGCGCAUGCACGCAAAAGUUUCUAAAGCACGACAUGAGAGAAGACACAGUGAUGUAGCUUUGCCACACACAGAAAUGGAGGAAGCGGAGGUACCUGAGAAUAAAUUAGGAAAACGCUCCCAAUUACAGGGAACUCAGGACAGAAAAUCUCUUGUGGAAACUCAGAGGUCGUACUCUAUAGACAGAACAGGUGAUGUAAGAAUUUCUGUUUCUAAACAAUUAACUAAUCAUAGCCCACCAACUCCCAGGCAUAGUCCAGUUCCUAUAGAACACGUAGAAUACAAGAACCACGAUUCCUUUAUAAAACAGAGCCGCCUUGAUCCUAGCUCUGCUAUUCUCAUGCGAAAAGCAAAGCGGGAGAAAAUGGAGACCAUGCUAAGGAAUGAUUCCCUUAGCUCUGACCAGUCGGAAUCAGUGCGGCCAUCCCCUCCAAAGCCUCAUAGAGCAAAAAGAGGCGGAAAGAAAAGGCAGAUGUCAGUUAGUAGCUCAGAGGAAGAAGGGGCAUCAACACCAGAAUAUACUAGCUGUGAAGAUGUGGAGAUAGAAAGUGAAAGUGUCAGUGAAAAAGGUGACUUGGAUUAUUACUGGCUGGAUCCUGCCACGUGGCACAGCAGGGAGACGUCCCCUAUUAGUUCGCAUCCUGUAACGUGGCAGCCUUCCAAAGAGGGAGAUCGCUUAAUUGGGCGUGUUAUUCUUAACAAGAGAACAACCAUGCCUAAAGAAUCAGGUGCAUUGCUAGGGCUAAAAGUUGUUGGAGGAAAAAUGACAGAAUUAGGACGACUCGGUGCCUUCAUUACCAAAGUGAAGAAAGGUAGCUUGGCUGAUGUGGUGGGGCAUCUCAGAGCAGGGGAUGAAGUUCUAGAAUGGAAUGGUAAACCCUUGCCUGGAGCUACAAAUGAAGAAGUUUACAACAUUAUUUUAGAAUCAAAAUCAGAACCUCAAGUUGAAAUUAUUGUUUCAAGGCCUAUUGGACAUUUUCAUCAGUUUCAUUCUCUGAACUCCUUGAGACGUUUAUAUAAAAAUUACUAUGAUAUACCACGGAUUCCCGAGACUUCCCACCCCCCAUUAGAGUCUAGUUCAAGUUCUUUUGAAUCUCAGAAGAUGGAAAGGCCUUCUAUUUCUGUUAUAUCUCCGACUAGCCCUGGAGCCCUACGGGAUGCACCUCAGGUCCUACCAGGGCAGCUUUCUGUUAAACUCUGGUAUGACAAAGUGGGACAUCAGUUAAUAGUAAAUGUUCUACAGGCAACAGAUUUGCCACCAAGAGUAGAUGGACGCCCCAGAAAUCCCUAUGUAAAAAUGUAUUUUCUUCCUGACCGAAGUGAUAAAAGUAAAAGAAGGACCAAAACAGUAAAGAAAAGUCUAGAGCCAAAAUGGAAUCAAACUUUUCUCUACUCACAUGUACAUCGUAGAGAUUUUAGAGAACGAAUGCUUGAAAUUACUGUAUGGGAUCAGCCAAGAGUACAAGAAGAAGAGAGUGAAUUUCUUGGAGAGAUUCUUAUAGAGCUGGAGACAGCACUUUUAGAUGAUGAACCACAUUGGUAUAAGCUACAGACACAUGAUGAAUCUUCACUACCUCUGCCUCAGCCAUCACCAUUCAUGCCAAGAAGACAUGUUCAUGGUGGAGAAAGCACUAGCAAAAAAUUACAAAGAUCUCGGCCAAUCAGUGAUAGUGACAUCUCAGAUUUUGAUGUUGAUGAUGCUAUUGGAGUUGUUCCUCCAGUAGGUUAUAGGUCUAGUACUAGAGAAAGUAAAUCCACAACGCUAACUGUGCCAGAACAGCAAAGAACAACAACACAUCAUCGUUCACGUUCUGUGUCUCCUCACCGUGGCGACGAUCAGGGCAGGCCCCGUUCACGUUUACCAAAUGUGCCAUUACAGAGGAGUUUAGAUGAAAUUCAUCAAAUGAGAAGAUCACGUUCUCCAACUAGACACCAUGAUGCCUCCAGAACUCCCAUUGAUUACAGAUCCAGAGAGAUGGAUAGUCAGUAUUUGUCUGAUCAAGAAAGUGAGCUUCUUAUGCUGCCCAGAGCAAAGCGAGGAAGAAGUGCAGAGUGCCUACAUACCAUCAGAAGUUCGGUUAGGCACUAUAAAACAUUACCACCCAAGAUGCCUUUACUAGCAAAUGGUACUCACUGGAACCUAUACAGCUCAACUCUUCCUGCAUGUGCUAAGACCAAAUCUGUGAUUAGACAGGAUAUUUCACUCCUUCAUGAUUGCCUUAAUUCACGAAUAUCGAAAUUUGGAGAUGAUCUACUGGUUAGUGAACUGCAGCCCUCCCUUGACAGGGCUAGGAGUGCUAGUACCAACUGCUUGAGACCAGAUACUAGUUUGCAUUCACCAGAACGAGAAAGGGGUAGAUGGUCCCCCUCCCUAGAGAGGAGACGACCUACUAGUCCCAGGAUUCAUAUCCAGCAUGCAUCUCCGGAGGAUGACAGAACAAGGACGCUGGAGUUUUGCAUUCCAAAACAGGACAGUGUAGACCACCUAAGUGCUAAACCUGGAGCAGCACAGAGGCAGUCCAGAAAAGUGGAAAGAUACAGCAGCCAAAAACAAACUAGGAAAGGCCCUGCAGCUGAAACGGAAAGGGGUCUGCUACCAUGUCUUUCUAGAAGGGGACUUCCACCCCCACGAACGACUGAGCAGCCAGUCAUUAGGGGAAAACACCACGCUCGCUCCAGGUCGAGUGAGCAGGCUAGUGUCAGACCCUUAUGCCCCGUACAUCACCUAGCAUCCGGAGGCUCGGCGCCACCUUCUCCACUUCUGACAAGAACCCAUCAACAAGGAAGUCCCACGCAGUCUCCUCCUGCAGACACCUCCUUCAGCAGUCGUAGGGGAAGACAGCUACCGCAAGUUCCAGUAAGAAGUGGCAGUACAGAGCAAGAGCAAGAGAAUUUUAACUCUCCCACAAAAGCAAGCUUAGUAGUGGAGGAGCGAACGAGACAGAUGAAAAUGAAAGUGCACCGUUAUAAUCAGACAUCAGGGUCUGGUUCUAGCCAAGAACAUGAGCGUGAGCAAUAUACCAAGUAUAAUAUACAAACAGAUCAGUACAGAAGUUGUGAUAACGUCUCUGCCAAAUCAUCAGAUAGUGAUGUCAGUGAUGUGUCAGCCAUUUCCCGAACCAGCAGUGCCUCUCGCCUCAGCAGCACAAGUUUUAUGUCAGAGCAAUCCGAGCGCCCUCGGGGCAGGAUCAGUACAUUUACUCCUAAAAUGCAAGGCAGACGGAUGGGGACUUCAGGGAGAAUCACUAAGAGCACAAGUGUGAGCGGAGAGAUAUAUAAGCUGGAGCACAUUGAUGGGAGUCAGUCGGACACGGCUGUCGGCAUGGUUGGAACAGGUGGGAAGAAAAGGCGUUCCAGCUUUAGUGCCAAAGUGGUUGCCAUAGUGUCUCGAAGGAGCAGGAGCACAUCUCAACUUAGCCAAACAGAGGCUGGCAGCAAGAAGCUAAAGAGCACGAUACAGAGAAGCACAGAAACAGGAAUGGCAGCAGAGAUGAGAAGUCGUAUGGUUCGACAGCCAAGUCGAGAAUCCACUGACGGCAGCAUAAACAGUUAUAGCUCUGAGGGCAACUUAAUAUUUCCUGGAGUACGGCUGGGCGCUGACAGUCAGUUCAGUGAUUUCCUCGAUGGACUGGGACCUGCACAGUUAGUAGGCCGACAAACACUAGCAACCCCUGCCAUGGGUGACAUCCAAAUUGGAAUGGUGGAUAAAAAAGGCCAGUUAGAAGUAGAAGUCAUUAGAGCCCGUGGCCUCACACAAAAACCUGGCUCCAAGUCUACCCCAGCUCCGUAUGUCAAAGUGUAUUUACUGGAAAAUGGAGCAUGUAUAGCUAAGAAGAAGACAAGAAUUGCAAGGAAGACCCUUGAUCCUCUGUACCAACAGACACUGGUUUUUGAAGAAAGUCCACAGGGUAAAGUCCUUCAGGUAAUAGUUUGGGGAGACUAUGGCCGAAUGGACCACAAAUGCUUCAUGGGAGUUGCCCAGAUCCUUCUGGAGGAAUUGGAUCUGUCCAGUGUGGUAAUAGGCUGGUAUAAAUUAUUUCCACCUUCAUCGCUAGUGGAUCCAACAUUGACUCCCCUGACACGCAGGGCUUCCCAGUCAUCUCUGGAAAGUUCGACUGGGCCUCCCUGCAUUAGAUCGUAGUAGCAGGUGCUGUCUAUUCAAAACAUCACCCAGGAUAACAAUUGGAAUCAGAUAUUCACAUGAUCAAAAAACACUGUUGGAGAGAGACAAUCACUUCUGUUUUUGCUUGUAGUAGUUAUCCAAACAUAUGUCUGUCUGUUGAGAGAUGGCUUAAAUUGACAGAACAAAGGUAUAUCACAUACAGCUAAUCUAUUAGCAGCUAUCACUGAUGCUUAUAAUGAUUUAAAAAGAAAAAAAAAAAAAGAAAGAAAGAAAGGAAAAAGAAAAAAGAGAGAGACCUUUAGAUUCGACCUAAGUCAAAGAUGACCCAAACUGGAAGCUCUCACUCUGUUAACAAUGUUGUAUUUUUCACAUUUUGAGAGCCCUCAAGCAGUGUUACCUUCCUGGUGUUUCAGCAGUUUUUCUGUACUUGUCACUUCCACUAGUUUUUUGCCACGUGAUUCUGCUAGUUUUGUAGAAGUCCUCCCAAUGCGAACAGAGACCCUUCCUUUCUUUUUCUAAACCGAACAAAAAAGGGCUGAAGCAUAUCUCUGUAAGCAUCGUUAAAGUGUUCAACAGCCACAGUUACAAUUCCAGAGAGUUCAAAUAGUUUCUCAGUUCUGGUACUUACAAGUCUCUCACGCGGGAACCCAGAACAAAUACCAACCUAAGUUAUAUUCUUAAAAAUAAAAAUCAUCACAGUGCCACUUUUUCUUUGUAAAAAGCAGAUAUGUUUGCAUUAUAUAUAUAUAAUAACUUUUCUGUUUAUGAUGUUUUGCAUGGAAGAAUUUUGAAGAAUUCUGCAACUACUGCUGGGGACUGGUAUAAAGCAGCUUUAGUCUUAAUUUUGACAUUGAAUAUGUUACUGGUAAUGCAAUUUUCCUCCUAGAAAUGGAGAGGAAAUACUUACGUUUCUGUGUAUAAAUGUAUAUUUGACUUCCCAAAAUGUUGACCAGGAAUGAAUUGAGCAUAUGACACUUUCAGCUGUACCCAGGCUUCUCUGAUGUGUGUCGCUUCAGACGCACCUGUCUGCCCUGGAUAGAGCAUGGUAUGAGUUGUUCAGUGUUUCACUGGAAAUUCCAGUUGAAAUAUUCUGCACUUAAUAACGUUUUUAUCAAAUUUUAGUUUACAUUUCUUUGAGAUUGAUGCAAGCACAAGGCUUGAUUUUUUAACGCAAGAUAUCUUACUUUUUGGAGAAAAAAACAAUCAAAUUUCAAUUUGCUUUUUAUUCAUCUGAGUUCUUCUUGGCCUUGAAAUCCCUUGUGAUAUUCUGUAAAUGUGUGAAGAACUGCAGAUUCCUGCAGGUGCAUUGGUAUGUUUCCCCUCCUUUUACAGGCCAUUAAAUUUUGUGAUCACACAAAUAGAGCAGCAUGACUUGGAACUGUUCAAAGCUGCAUGCACGUUUUGUAAAAAGAGAUGAAAAAGGUUAUUUAAUAAUGUAUGUUAGUUCCACAUAGGCCAGCUUGUAUGUUGCAUGUACUUGUACAGUUUGCUCGUAAUUACUAUACUGAAGUAACCAAGAAAUCUAAGCCAUCCAUUUUUCUUAUAGACAUUUUGCAGGUUUUAGCCAGGCUAGGUCUGUGGGUCUGGUGCUAAAUGUCUAUAGAUGGACUUUAUUUUUUACCCUAUGGAAAACGUGAUGUAGUACGGACCAAAUUCCUUCUAAUAACUAUUUUGGUGUAGAUUCCUACUGUGGGGCUGUAACACAUGUAGAAACUGUGUACACACUAGGUUUUAAUUCAUAGACAUACUGCCUGCACCAAGUGAACUAUUUAUUAUUACUCAACACAUGGGAAUUAUUCUGCCCAUCUUUCCAUAGGGCACAGAUUGGUUACUGCUCGACCUGCUGAGCAGGAAGAACUCAAGCACUGGUGCACUACUACUAGAUCCUGUUCUGUCUUAGUGGCCAAAAACCAACUAGCUAUAAUUCGAUAGUAUCUUUCUAUUUUGACCACUUGUCUUAACACUCCCCUGUGCUUUUAAAUGAACUUCCAACUCAUGUUAUGUAAACAUGUUUAAUAAAAUUUCCUUUUCAUGUCCAGUGUAGUAGUUGUGCUCUCUGUAUGUUCUGAGGUUCAUCUGUGAUUCUGCUUGCUGCAGGACUGUGUGAAAUGUGUUAAGGAACAGUAAAAUAAGUAAUUUCUAUGGUUCUUUUGAUUGCUGUAAUAGUGUAUGUUGAAAUCUGGGGCCAAAAACUGAGGCCUGGUGAAAGUCAUGUUUGGUUGACUUCCUUUUUCCUGAGAGAGGAGCCAAAUUGUGCUCUCAUUUGUUGAAGCAGGCAAAUUGAAGUUUAAAAAAAAAAAAAGCCAAAUUUUUAUCUGUUGAAAUAAAAUCAGUUUGUUGAAGAGGAAUGAUGUGGUGGCUGCUUGUAGUAGGGCAGCGGGGCUAUACAAGUCAGACACCAGGUCUCCACUUGGUGUGUGCUGAACCUUUAAGAUAUGAGAACAACUACAGACCUUUGGCACUUUUUAAACCCAUGACUAUGCCCUUGUAUUGUAAUGCUGUUAUGAACAAUGCUUUAUAGAAAUUUACCUGAGAGCAGAAUUUGGCACUAAAAUUUUGCUAGAGAAGCAAAGAUUAUGUACUUUUUUUUUAGUUUUCCAUGUCCCACAGAUACCUGAUCACAAUUUAAAAAUAACAUAAAGACAGUAUUGCCUCACUUUGAACACUUUUGUUUAUUACUUCAUUUAACUGAAUACAUGGUUAAGAUACUGAAAAAAUGACUAAUUAAACAUGGUUAAUCUCUGAACAAAAGGCAUGUUA